AUGUCGUUUAGCAAGGCUGGUUUACAGCAAAAAUGGACUUCUGAAGAAGAUAUCAAAAGUGUUCUCGAUGAGUUGAAAUCGAUGGACAAAGUUACCUCUUUGGAUCUCUCAGGAAACACUAUCGGUGUGGAAGCUUCAAGAGCUCUAGCUAAAACUAUCAAAGAAAAUGCUUCGAUUCGUGAUAACGUUGAAGAAGUGAAUUUUGCGGACAUGUACACCUCUAGAUUGGUCGAUGAGGUUGUCGAAUCGCUACAACUGUUGUUGCCAGCUUUGCAAGCGUGUCCAAAAUUGAGCAAAGUGGAUUUAUCAGAUAAUGCGUUCGGAUUGCGUACUAUUGACUCAUUAGAAAAGUUCAUCAGAGAAACUGUGCAGUUGAAACAUCUGAUUUUAGCUAACAACGGUAUGGGUCCAUUUGCGGGAGAAAGAAUCGGUAAGGCCUUAUAUCAACUUGCCAAAAAUAAGGAAAAGGCUGGUGAAUCGCUGUUGGAAACAUUUGUCUGCGGCAGAAAUAGAUUAGAAAAUGGAUCCACGCGUUGGCUAUCUCAAGGUUUAAGAGCUCAUGGUGAUGAUUUACAUGCUGUUCGUUUAUACCAAAACGGAAUUAGACCACAGGGUUGUAUUAAUUUGAUCAAACAUGGGCUAUCUCACAACAAAAACUUGCAUGUAUUAGAUUUGCAAGAUAAUACAUUCACUGCUGUUGCAUCAGAGACACUUGCAAAAUAUUUAACUAAUUGGGCUCAACUAAAGGAAUUGAACUUGAACGAUUGUUUGUUGAAGGGUCCUGGUUCUCAUGCAGUCUUGAAAGUUUUGAAGGAGAAUAAAUUCGACGAUUUAGAAACUUUGAAGUUGCAAUACAAUGAAUUAACUCAACAGAGUUUAGAACAUUUAUUAAUUCCUGCUUUACAAGAUGGUAACUUACCAUCAUUGAAAUUGUUGGAAUUGAAUGGUAAUAGAUUAGAAGAGGAUUCCGAUCCUUUAUCGAUAUUACCUACUUUGUUCGACGGCGAAUUAGAUGAAUUGGAUGAUUUGGAAGAAAUUGACUCCGAAGAAGAGGAAGAAAGUGAAGACGAAGACGCCGAGGAAGAAGACGUGUGGGAACCAACACAAUUUGUUAAGGAUGAAACCGUCGAUGAAUUGGCAUCCGAAUUGGCAAAAACUCAUUUAGAAUAA